AAACCUCCACAUCGGGCGCUCGUUGGGUCGAGCGGCGCGCGUUGGGUCGUCAUGCAAAAGAUGAGUCCUCGCCAGACUGUAACUGUGAGGCUGCCGCUUCCGACUGAGACUUUAGAAGCUCCGCGACGGACGGUUUGCAUCGACAAGGUGGCCACACGACCAACCAUGGACCUCAUGGCACCCGCGAGGACCCGCCGUCAGUCCAUGGCCAUGGUUGACCGGCGAUUGGUGGGUGAACGGACCGAGUCUCCUGAAAGGAGUAUGAGGAGGCGUUUGACCAAGGGGCAAUCCAAAAUGCUGGCAGCGGCCAAGGAUUUGCGCAACGUACCUCGUGGGCGGGUGGCCAGUUUGAUGGAGUCCUGGGAGGAGGAUGACGAUGUGCGACCGAGCAGUCGGCGACCUUCCUCCCUGCCGGGGCUGGCCAGCUUGGACUCUCAAGGAUCCGGGCUGGGGUAUUUUAAGGACAAAUGGAGGGAUUUGGAGACAGCGAUCCAACCCGAACUUCGCAAUCGCGCCUACACAGAGGACCUGCGCCGAGACUUGUUGAAUUUGACCGACUUUGCCGAGACCAAAGACAUGGGCCACGCUGUAAAGGAAGGCUACAUCACGGAGGACUUCUCUCGUUUGAUCUUUGACAAGUUCAAGAACGAGCCCGAGCCAGAGUUCCUGCAGGACAUCAACCUGGAGGCCUGCGGCGGUUUGAGCAUGGUCAAAGAGAUUCCGCUGCGAGAGAAGUACUUUUGGUUCCUGGUCCUUGUGGCCAGUGUUGCUUUCAACGUGACCUAUCUGCUACAUUUGGACUGGGCGAUCUUCAAGACCUAUUUCGUGGAGGUCUUUGGGACGCUGGACUGGCGCAUCAUUGUAGAUCGACUCUCCAACGGUGGUGGAGCGGAAUCCAAGAGCAAGAUCCAGAAAGAGCUCCUGGACGACGACAACUUCAAGGCAAGUAUUUUUGGGCUGAUCUCAGACCAUUCGACUCGAAUGCUCAUUGUGAAUUCUGCAGUGAUGGUUGCAAUUUGGGAGGUGGUGUGGUUGUUCAUCCAACUUGUACAUGCGGCCUACCUGAUGUUUAUUGUGAUUUGCGAGGUCUCCGAGUACAAGCGCUACCAUGCAAUCGGCUAUUUCUUCCAAAGGCUCUUACCGCAGGUGAGCACCUUUUCUGCUGUCAAGUUGCUGGCGCGAGUGCAUCCGUCUCUGAUUUCCCAUGAGUUUCGCCUCUGGCUCUCAGAGUCCUCCGAGAAAAUUUGGUUUGCCCAUCGAAGAAAUACCUUUGGCUAUGCCGUGCUCACAAUUACGUUCGUCCUUUUCAAUAUUUGUUGUGCGACAGCAUCGGUCUGUGCAUUUUCCGUGAAGAUGCUUGCAGUGAGCUUUAAACUGGUGAAUAAUGACGUCUCAGUGUGGUUACGCUUGGCCUCCAUUGUGGCCACGCUAAAUCAAGUGGUUGGAGCUGUCUACUUGGAGCGGGUCCUUCAGGACCGUAUUUUCUUGUUUGUCUUUGGUGGUCGUGAUGCGAACUAUGAAGAUGAUGAGCUGGCCUACAGAAACGCCUAUGAAACCAGGCUCAUGAAAGAGAUUUGGCAUCAGUAUGUGGUACAAGGGAAUGGUGCCAAAGGAUGGGCCCAAGGAUGGAGGACCUGGCCGCAAACCUGCUACAAUGCCUUGAAUGCCAUCGUUCUCCUUUCAACCCUGGAUCAUUACGAUUUGCAGUAUCUCAUGGUGGAAGAUCCAGAGGAAGCGGCAGACCUUUUUGAAAGGCUGGGACUUGUGCAAAGCGCCGGCACGGGCUCCAGUAACGAUGCUCCUCAGCGAUCCGUGUCAGCGCCUGAAGACCUCAGCCCCAGCAAGCGGGCGGCGUCGAAGGAGGCCACACGGAAAGAGAUCUCCACCUGCAAUAAGCUUUGGGCCUGGCUGAAUUGCCGUGACGUGGACCAUCGCAACACCUCACGCGAAGAGAGGUUGGGAACUGUGGACGAGGAGGGUGAAGAUGUCUCUCCCUCGCGGGUGACUUCUCGAUCGCGAGUGAAUUCGCCCCUGGCCGAAAGUGAAGUCAACGGAGUCAGCGUAGUCAACGGAGUCAACGGCUAUCAGGUGCUCACCCAAGAUCAAGAUGCGCCGGUGUUACCGACGGAAGAUCGCAUCGAGGAGGUGCCCCUGGAACGUGAAGAUGUCGCAUCUUUGCAUCCCAGCAAUUCCAUGGACGUCUUGGGCCCGGUGUGCAGCGAACAGGAACGACAGAGCUGCAAUGCGACGGAAUCUGCGGUGACCAACCAGAAUACUUUAGCGCAAAGGGAGGAUCCGACCGAACGAGAAUCUUCGCAACCGCUGCUGUCCACUCCUCCAGAGGAGGACCCAGAAGCUGGGAGUGCCGGAAGUGCCGGAAGUGCCAGUAACCUCUCCCAAAGGUCCGGCAUGGAGGGACUAGCGAGGCUGUUCGGAAAUGCUGACUAUUGGGGAGACAGCCUCUCAGAGCUAUCACAAAAUAGUCGGCCUCGAAGGAGCCGCCCACUGGCCUGGGGGGAUGGCCUCAGUGAGACAGUCAUCUCUACGUCCAGGUCAGAAACCAAAGAAAGUUUUGACUGGGACAUGAUGUUUUCUCCCCAGGCUCGUGGUGAUGAUAUGGUCUAGCAGACAUUGAACCUGAAAUCCUGUAGAGCAGGCUAGUUUGACCUUCAACCCUGAUGGAACACCUAGGGGGUUGAUGAAGUCGGGCAAUCCUGCAACGGAAUCUUUAGUAGGACAAACAGCGAUCAAAGUAACGG